GCUAAGGAUGGGGAUAGAUUUCCACGUCAGCUUUACGUCUCCAAAUUUCUUACUUCACGGAUCUGCUUCAAAGAGGCAGCUGCAUUAGAGAAUCAUGUUAAGCUCGGCUAAUGCGGAGAGCCCGAGGUAGCCUAAUGAUGGAUUUUGAUGAGCGUGUCCCUUGCUCGUCUAAUAUGUAUUUGCCAAGUUGCACGUACUACGUGUCGGGUCCUGAUUUCUCCAGCCUCCCUUCUUUCCUGCCCCAGACCCCGUCUUCUCGCCCCAUGACAUACUCCUACUCCUCCAACCUACCCCAGGUCCAACCCGUGCGGGAAGUCACCUUCCGCGAGUAUGCCAUUGAUCCGGCUAGUAAAUGGCACCACAGGAACAACCUCCCGCAUUGCUACUCGGCCGAGGAGAUCAUGCACAGAGACUGCCUGCCCGCCGCCGCCAACCCGGCCGCCGCCGCGGCCGCUGCCGCCAGCAUGAGCGAGAUGUUCGGGAAAAACACCGCCGCCGUCUAUCACGGCCACCACCCGGCUACGACAGCCACCGCCGCCGCCGCCAGCGUCUCCUCCAAUUUCUAUAGCACCGUGGGCAGGAACGGGGUGCUCCCGCAGGCUUUCGACCAGUUCUUCGAGACGGCUUAUGGCACGGCCGACAGCCACUCGGACUAUGCAGGCGAGAAGAACGGGGAGAAGAUGCCCCCGGGAGGGGGAGCCGCUCCGGGGCCGGCCACCGCCGCCGCCGUCGGCGCAACGUCAAGUUCGGACGGGAGCUGCGCCAGGGACGCGGCAUCAGCGGCUGCGGCGGCGGCUGCCGCGAGCGCCGCGGCCUCGGCUGCGGAGGAGAAGGAGCGGCGGCGGCGGACGGAGAGCAGCAGCAGCCCGGCUUCGUCUUCCGGCAACAAUGAGGAGAAAUCCAGCAGCUCCAGUACGUAUAAAGGCAGCGCCCUGGCGCUUUUAUGAAGCGGACUUGGAAAUCUUAGCGCACCGCCGCUGUUAAAUUUUUAUAUGCUGUUUUAUAAGCAUAUAAGGUUUAUGGAAGGGCCUGUAGAUUUCCCCCAACAAAACUUUGUUAUAAAAGGAGAGAUCACGUGGCGGGGACUGAAAUUGGCCGUGAAAUACCCACCGGCCAAUGGAUGCCUUUUUAAAACAAAAAAAGGAAAAAAAGGAAAAGUCCCCCCCCCCUUAAAUCAUAAAAAAGAAUAAAGAGAGAGAGAGAGAGGAUGUUGGGGAGAGAAAGGCUCUGUGGUCAAACUCUUGAAAAUAUAAUAACGCACGUUUUGCGCCUGUAAAUGCACCCAAAAGGGGAUUUCUGAGUCCUUUGAUAUCCAUGUAAUCCUGUGAUUAUUUUUCUUCUCUCUUUUUUUGGAUUUUUUUUUUAUAAAAGCCAUGUGUUGCCCCAGAAGCCUAGUUAGAAACUUGGAUUCAAAGCCAUCCCAGUUUUUUAACGAUUGCCCGGGAAUAGCGUUUAGCAGAAAAACUAGCUGCCUGCAGUGUAGCAAUAUAGUUAAAGGAACAGAUUAAACUAAAGCUGGCCUUUUUGUGUCUAAAGGAAGCCAUUUUCCUAAGACAAUGUGGCAAGUAUGUGUUGCCUUCUGCCCAACAGUUUGCUACUUACAAUUGCUAUUCAACCUGUCACUGCCUGGUUUUAUUUUUUUAAUGUCGAUUUUUCUUGCUCCUCACCCCCUCACCUUCAAAAGCCUAGGAAAAUAGCCUUGUAAUGAGCUGUAACAGCAAAUGGGGACGUGUUGUGUGUAUGUGUGUUUGCAAGGAAAUAUAGCACCAAUAUUUAAUGUAAAAAGCCUUUAAACAUUAAAGGAGGGGGGGCUAUGAACAUUAACCCCAGUGUGGCUAUGAAGGAGCGAAAGGACUUGAGAGAAUAUAGCAGAGGGGUUAAUUUUAAAACACACACACCCCAGAUGCGAGUGAUAAGAUGUAAUGAACUAGUGGUUGUCCAAGGCGCUGGGGUACUGUUUUGUUAUUUUUAAACAAAAGGAAGCUGCACACAAAAGCAAAACCAAGUUUAAGAUUAAAAAAAACAACCUCGGUCAAUGUACAGGAACCCAUUUGGCUUCUCAGAUCCUGGUGUCAUAAUGUCCUUCAGGGGUGAAACAAGCGAUGAAGCUCCCUAUGUCCUCUCUUAAAACUGAGCUGCAAAACUGGGUUGCAAGAACAGUGUCACAGCUGGGUUAGGUUACAGAGAGUCUGCCAUCAACCUUCUUAACCUUCCCGCGCCAAGCAUUGUAUUAUUCGGAGACUGCUUGUGCGAUGGCCAUCUAGAUCUUGUGCACUGCAGAUUCUGCUGACUAGGGAGUCAGUAGUUUGGACACUGUGGGUUUUAAUUUCAUAGCAUAGCGCCUCAGGUGUACUGCCUGAAGUGAUGCUUCGAAGUGAAGAUGUUGGGAUUUUGGAAUAUUCCAUGCAAAUAUGUUCCUCAAAUAAAGGUCAGGCUAAUACAGCUGCAGAACGGAACAGAGCGUCAACUUUAUGUAGCUAAUAAACAGGCCUUUUCUCAAUGGUUCAACCCAAGAAUGUCCCUUUAUUAAAUAUGAAUUGCAGUCGUCCCCCAGCCCUAUCUGAUCCCAGACUUAAUGGCUUCUGCCUUUUAUUUUUGUCAUUCCACAGGUGGACAACGCACCCGUAAAAAGAGAUGCCCCUACACCAAAUAUCAGAUUAGAGAAUUAGAGAGGGAAUUCUUCUUCAGUGUCUAUAUAAACAAAGAGAAACGCCUCCAGCUCUCCCGAAUGCUCAACUUGACCGACCGUCAAGUAAAAAUAUGGUUUCAAAACAGAAGAAUGAAAGAGAAAAAAAUUAACAGGGACCGAUUACAAUAUUACUCAGCUAAUCCACUGCUUUAAAAAACUCGUAGCGUUUUUCAAGAUGAGAUUAAAUUCAGAUCUCGCCCAUGACAAGGUCAAGCCACAGGGUUACCUAUGAGAAGGAGGUGUGCAAAGUGACGGAGGACGCUGGGGAAAAACACCACACUAAUAUUUUUUUCCGUCCCCAUAAAAAUGUAAACCAACUGGGGUUUCCCGCUACUUUCCCCUCCCCCCUAAAAAAAGUUCUUCUUAAAGCUCUUGACAUAUCAACUGGAAACGGUUUACACCCUGGACCCGCAUUUCCAAACACGCCACCCCCAUAUUUUGCUCUGAGGGCAAUUUUAUACCUCUUACCUAUAGACACUGCAACUCAUCCCAACGCGGGUUCACACGUGAAAAAGCGGGGAGUGAGUUAUUGGAUUCGUGUCGGUCUAAAACUAUGUUACUUUGGUUUUACUGUGGAACAUUGCUUGAAAGGCUACCCAUGGCUGCACCGGAGCCUGAUGGACUACUGCAAAAGAAAACCUACAGGAGCCCCCGCGACCUCUAAAUGCACAGCCGCCGUCCCAUCACCUUCCCCUCCUCGACCCUUAAAAUGACAAACCUUCCUCCGCAAGAGCGGUUACCCUCUUGACCAAGUUCAAAAAAUUUAAGCAGUUGCAAGGCCAAUCAUAAAUGUUUGUAGAGGUGUAGUAGUGUUGAGUCUAACCGUGCUGUUGAUAGGGAGUUAUGGCGUGGAAGGUUUGACAGUCUCCUUUUGAAACCAUUUCAGGUAUUAAUUCGCCAUAUAUGGUAAGGAAACAAUCACUGAAGAGUCAAACACAUAGCCACGUGCAUUAGCUCUCGUUUAAAAACCCCCAACAAAAAAUGAACAACAACUGUCGAAAAGUGGCCAUCCCUUUGGAGACAAAUCAUUAUGUUCUUAUUUAAAUGCUUAAAGAAAAUUAAAAACCAAACAAAUAAAUAAAAGUGCACGGUGGGGUGGAAAGAGAGGGAGAAAGAAAGACUAAUCUAAUAGCUCCAAAGGGGGAAACCGUAAAAGGAAGCUUCUGGCUUCUGUCUCACAAACUUUCUUCAGGAAAUACCUGUGGAGAAGGACAGUUUGGCAAAUACCACACAACACUUAAUUGGACCCUGGAUGUGUGCAAUGCACUGAGAUCAGAUCAUUAAAAUAACUAGCGUUUUCUUUCCCUUAGAAGCCCAAGCAGAAGGCAAACAAUGUAAAUAUGGUGGAUUGGUUUUCAGAUCUUUUUGUUCGCUAUUAAGUGUCGAAAGCCCUACUUAAUCGCUCAGGCGGCAGAAUCAAAGAACUGAGAGUUCCCUGGAGUUAUUUUAAAUAUAUAUAAAAGAAGUAUAUUUCCCUGCAGGAACCAAAGCGAGAGUGAGAAAUAGAGAGAGAGAGAGAACAACGAAUUUUAAAAGAAAGAACUAUUUAAAAGUCUAUAUCAGUUUACAAAGGAUAUUGUGUUUUAUUGUAAAAGUCGCUUGCUGUCGAGAAUAUCUGAAUGUAUAUUUCAUACGAGAAUGGUGUUUUACAAGACUUGUACAUUUUUAAAUGAUCCGUUUUGGUUGGUAUAUGUUUUUUUAACGGUCCUUUUCCUUGGAAAAUGUCGAGUUUGUCCUUUUUUAAAAAAAAAAUCUUUGCAAGAAAGAUAAGGCGACUAGAAUGUUGUAAAAACCACCAGCUUCGAAAAGGGACACGAUUUCUUUUACACGGUUCACAAAACGCAAUACCUUUAUAUUCCAACACUGUUUGAAGAUAUGUAUCGUCAUAUAUGUAAAUACGGUUUCUUUUACUAUGCGAAGGUCUUUCGUGGCAUGUAUACAGUGGUACGGCGCACAACGAAAAUAAACAUGUGGGAAAUUUAUAAUAAUAAUAAUAAUAUUUUUUUUAAUCCUUGUGUUGUAUUCAUGGAUAUUCCUUGAUCUGGGCUCUGAGAGUUUGAAUCAUGGCUCCUGAAUGGGAUGCUUUCAUGGAAAUUCCAUUCACCUAUUGCUUCUGGUCCUUCAGGAUAAGGCAGUGCAACAUGUCUGGUAUUUAUGAAUGCGUAGGCAGACUGCAGCGAGCUUGAGGCCAGGUUUCACCGGUUUGUAGAUGUGGGAGGGGGUGGAGGAUCACUCCUUCAAGUAACUGCAGAUUACAGGCUUUAUACAUUUGCUCACAGGUGUAAAACCUAUUAGAAAAGCUGGUGAUUUUUUCUGGGCUGGUCCGCUCUUGUUUAUCUCGGGCGCCAUAUUUCUGAACACACUCCUUUAAGUGCUAAGAAAUGUUUGUGGCAGGAUCUGAUCCCCAAAACGGCAAUGAUAGCAAGGCAGAAUGAAGCAUAUUGGUUGAAACGUGUUGGUUCCUCUGUGGUGACUCCUAGGGAAAGAGGAUGGGGAGGCAUUCCUCGUGCAAGUGAGGCCCAGAUGGGCUGUGUGUGGUUUUCGUUCUUAAUCUCUCGAGCGGGGGUGGAAAUUAAAAAUUAAAAAACAACCCACCGAAGACCUUUUUGAGGAUGUGGCAUGAGGUUGAUUUUCCUCUCUUACACUUAAUCAGGAGAGAAAGUACAUACUGUUUUCUCCUAUUGUUUAUUGGCUUUGAACUUCUGUAUUGCUUUGGACAUCACCCAUAACCUUGAGGUGAAGGGCUAACUGGCUCUGGGCUUUUGCUGACAACCCCCACCUAAGCCAGACAGCGUCUGGUCAAAGGAAAUGUACAAAGAUGAAGCGCAGGGGGAGAGAGGAGAGAGAGAAUGGAGCUCACUUGCUUGUUUGUUUAUUUGGCUAGCAUGCUACAAAGGAAUGCAACUCUUAAAAGGGAGAGAUAGAAAGAUAGAUGGAGAGAAGAGAAAGAGAGGGAGAAGACAGGGAGAGGAAUAGGCGGGUGGCAAUAAAUGUUCAGGCAGCAACUUCCUUCGCUAGUUAAAAAUUAACUGGUUAUUCAUCUCUAGGUUGACUCAUGGAGUUUCUCCAGUUUUGUGGAGAGGCUGCUGGUGAUUUCCUGGCCCAGUUAAAAAAAGGUGGGGGGACAUCCCAUAUGUGUUGCCGGGACAAUACAGCUAUAAAAGUGCCCUCGACUUUCCCCCCCUCUUCUAUUUGCAUACUGGGAAAGCUGGGCUAUAAACGAGGCGGAGGUUUGUUUCAGCCAUCUCUGAGCUGUGGAGGGUAGAUCUGCGGAGGGCAAUUGUCUGCGGUAGCAUGCGUUCGUUUAACGCGGGGCAUUUGGAAACCGGCUGGCAGGUCAGCUCUGCGGAGCAACGCUGUUGCCACAAGAUGGCGUUCUUCAGAUCAAUGUCAAAGCCGCAGUGGGAGAAGAGGGGGAGAGGAAGGGGGGGUUGAAAUCUUGGCCUUUGUUCCCCUUGCGUUCUAGGAGCUGCACAUUAUAUUAUUUCACUUUCCACGCUCAGAUUUGCAAAGGUAAGGUGAAGCCGAUUGCUCACUCCUUCACGGAGAAGCACAAGGGUUGAGCCAGGAGCUUCUCUCUCACACACACUCUCAAGGCUGACUACUCCGGGCUUCCAGCGCUUCCAGAGGGUGAGUAUUUCCUUUGAGGCUAAGUUUGGUUGAUUAAAGAGGAAGCAGCUCUUAUCAAGGUGCAGCUGGGGUGACCUCUAGGUCUACUUGCUCUCGAUUAAAUCCUUUCACCUUUAUUUUUAUUUCUUUUUGGAAGUGGAACUCCAGGGGUGUGGUGUCUUUUCGGAAAGCCAGUCAUUAAAAGGUUGGCUGUGGAAAGUAUUGUUUGAAGGCUUGCUAAGUUUAGAGAGCAACUCCUCGAAAAGAGUGGAGAAAAGGUUUUCAGGUUGAAGGUCUGCCAAGCAGCUCACGCGGUGGUGAAACAAGCGUAGGUAGGCCAAGACGGCGGCUUUCUUAUAAAAGCUGCAUCCCUGGGAAUACAGGAUUAUGGAUGUCCACGUUUGUCUGGAGGACGCUAGGUGUCUUCUAUCAACUAGAUCUAUAGCGGCGUAGACUGAAAAUGGCAGCUAUUGGACUUGAGCUGUGGUUUGCUCAUUCCAGUUUGGCCGAGUUUGCCCGCCUAUGGUUGGUUUACAGCGAUAUUUAUUAAAUGCCUUUUUCUUCCGAGGCAGCGUCACUCUCCUCCACUCUAAGCAGAAGGAGCUGGAAAUCGAUAGAGCUGGAUGUAGAGUAAAAGCUCCUUUCGCUUAACACCCCCACCUCGGAGCGAUCUCAUGUAAAGCCAAUUCCUGGGCGGAGGUUGAAUUUAAAAUAUCUCUGUUGAUCCUGUCUCUAUUGAUCUGCAGUGUACUUGCUGUAGAGAAAUUCUGAGAGCGGAGCCAUAAUCUGGAAGGCCUAACCCUUGUAUACAAUAACAGGAAAUUUACUUAACUGGACACUUGGAGCUACGGUCAUCAGCAUACUUGCUGCAGCGAAUUUGCAGGGAUCUCGUGUUAUGAUUAUUCUGAGCGGGCCAAUUACUUAAAUAGGAUUGAGGGAUACCUAGUUUUCUCUAGAUUGCUGCCUAUACAACAUCCAGAGGGGAUAUUCUUGAGCUUCCUUUCGCGUAAAGCUCCUGGGAUCAGAUGCUAACGGUGAGAGCUACCAGUGUAGCACCCAGGAUAGAUUAGGAGCAGCAGUCCUGAUUUCUUAAGCAGUCGACGAGCUGACCUUGGGAUAAAUUACAGAUUACAGAAGCUCGCGAUGCGAUUCCCCCCCCCCACACACACUUUACCCCACUCAGACAGGCCCAACUUUAUUCUAGCAGUCUGCCUGUGGUAUUAACUUCUUCGGCUUGCAUAUUUUGGUCCGAGUCAUGUGUUAUGUUAGAAAGUCUCUUAUCUUGACUACGCACCGCCCUACUGAACUAUGAUUUCUGAAGUCCAGUGUUAAAGCUUUACUCGGUUAUUAAGUUGGGGUGGAGGAGGCGAGGCGGGAAGACGAAGGGAACUUUCCUUCAGUGUUUAUGGAAACAAAGGCAACCGAUUCAUAGGAGGGAAACGUUCCGCCCUCAACUUUCUUGCAUUUAUUUAAUCAAUUUCUUAGGUCUCAUUAGCAAAUCAUUUCACCAGUCAGCUCCUGCUUCUGUGGUAGAAGCAUGGUGUCCUCUUUUCCGAGGGAACUUUCCUCCAGUGCUUAUGGAAGCAAAGGCAAGCGAUUAAUAGGAGGGAAACGUUCAGCCCAAGAACUUUCUUGCUUUUAUUUAAUCAAUUUCUUAGGUCUCAUUAGCAAAUCACUUCACCAGUCAGCUCCUGCUUCUGUGGUAGUAGCAUGGUGUCCUCUUUUCCGUGGGAACUUUCCUCCAGUGCUUAUGGAAGCAAAGGCAAGCGAUUAAUAGGAGGGAAACGUUCAGCCCAAUAACUUUCUUGCUUUUAUUUAAUCAAUUUCUUAGGUCUCAUUAGCAGAUCACGUCACCAGUUACCUCGUGCUUCUGUGGUAGUAGCAUGGUGUCCACAUAAAAUGAUAAAAAUUUAAGCAUAACAAACUCAAAUGAGAGGUUUUCCCCUUCAUUUUAACAACAAGAAGAAGAAAGAAAAAGAAACCAGCAAAAAUGAAUAAAUACGUGUAUUCAGAAGCAUACUUUUUUAGUUUUGGUUGCUUCUCUUUCUUUCAUUUCAUCC